AUGUCUGACGACUGGAACUCUGUUACCAAGAUCGGCAGCCGCACUCGCGGUGGUGCCGCUGGACCUCGCGAAACCGUAGUCAAGGGCAAGUCAGCUUUGAACGCGGCCCAACGCAGCGGCGGCAUCGUCGCCACAGAGAAGAAGUUCGCUUCUGCCAACGCCCCACAGGGAGCUUCAUCAGAAGGCCAACGCCUCACCAAAGUCGACCGUUCCGACGACAUCGUCAAGCCCAAGACCGUUGGCACCGUUGUUGGCCAGGCCAUCUCCAAGGCACGCUCCGAGGCGAAGAACGACAAGGGCACUACCAUGACGCAGAAGGAUUUGGCUACCAAGUGCAACAGCACACCCACAAUCAUUGCGGACUUUGAGCGCGGUACUGCGGCACCAGACCAGAAGCUCCUAGGAAACAUGGAGCGCGUGCUCAACGUCAUCCUACGGGGUGACAAGAUUGGGCAGCCUAAAUUCCCCAAGAAGAAAUGA